CCUACACAUAAAUCUCCUUAAACCUCCGACACCGCAACCGUCGCGGAAAAGCGGAAAAUCAUGAAGGGCAGAAGGAAAAAUCUGAAGAAGAGACCGUCCAAUCCUGCCAAGGGUAGUAACAAUAAGAAGCGUUUCUCUUCCCUCGCUGAUGAUUCGUUUUUCGAAGCCACUGAUCAGAAGCGGCACCGAAAAUUCGAAAACGACGAAGAGAUUAAGAGCAGUGACGAAGAAGUAGAGUCCGGUUCCGAGGCAGAGGCGGAAGAUAAAGAGGAGGAGAUUGAGGAGACGCCGGCAGAGAAGCGGAAGAGGCUGGCCGACGCCUUUUUGGAGAAGCUCAGGGCGAAGGAGAGGGAAAAAGAUGAAGAUGAGGAAUCUGAGGAUGGUGAAGGGCGGAGGGAGAGGGAAGGGGAGAGGGAUACGCUUAUCGCUAAGAUUUUGCAGCAGGAUCAACUCGAAGAGAGUGGCCGCGUUAGACGAGCUCUUGCUUCUAGAGUUCACAAGCCAGAAACGAGUGAGGGAUUUCGAAUCCUAGUAAAGCACAGGCAAGCUGUCACUUGUGUGGCUCUAUCUGAGGAUGACUCGAGAGGAUUUUCGGCUUCAAAGGAUGGUGCCAUUGUUCACUGGGAUGUGGAGACUGGGAAGUCCGAAAAGUACCUCUGGCCAUCUGAUGAAGUUUUGAAGGCUCAUGGUAUGAAGGCCCCGCAAGGUCGAGCUAAGAAACACAGUAAACAGGUUCUAGCAAUGGCUGUUAGCUCGGACGGCGGGUAUUUAGCUACUGGAGGCCUUGAUCGGCAUGUUCAUCUGUGGGACGUCCGUACACGCCAGCACCUUCAGGCUUUUCCGGGGCAUAAAGGACCUGUUUCUUGCUUAACAUUUAGACAAGGUACUGCAGAACUCUUCUCCGGCUCAUUUGACCGCUCUAUCAAGAUUUGGAAUGCAGAAGAUAGGACUUACAUAAGCACACUAUUUGGUCACCAGAGUGAAGUUUUGACCAUUGACAGUUUGCGAAAAGAACGUGUAUUGACUGUUGGACGUGACCGUACCAUGCAUUUGUGGAAGGUACCAGAAGAAUCACAAUUAGUAUUUCGAGCUCCAGCAUCAUCACUAGAGUGCUGUUGCUUUAUUAAUAAUGACGAUUUCUUGUCGGGUUCCGAUGAUGGAAAUGUUGAGCUCUGGAAUGUGCUACGCAAGAAGCCUGUCCAUAUUGUAAAGAAUGCACACGUCUCAUUUGGUGAACCCAAGUCUGAUCAGAUUAAUUUGGAAGGACUGUCUAAUGGCCAUAAAGAAAAUGAUGUCCAAGAUUUAUUGAGACAUGGUUCAACUGCUCUUUCCUGGGUCAACUCGGUGGCUGUCUGUAGAAGCAGUGAUCUUGCUGCUUCAGGAGCUGGAAACGGAUUAGUGCGCCUUUGGGCAAUUGAAAAUGAAUCUAAAGGCAUUCGUCCUUUAUUUGAGCUCCCCUUGGAUGGAUUUGUCAAUUCGUUGGCAUUUGCCAAGUCUGGAAAGUUCCUAAUUGCUGGUGUUGCUCAGGAACCUCGGUUAGGAAGGUGGGGACGUGCUGCUUCUGCUAAAAAUGGAGUUGCAUUGCAUCCUUUGAAGCUGUCAUGACACUAGUUCUUCUAAACGAUGAGAUUAUUAAAGCAAAAAUUGAGAGCCUGCUCCGAUCCUGACUGGACUCAGUUUGUACUUACUCAACAUCUCAAUCUUGAAUACUAAAAAAAGGAUCACCCUUGUACCAAAUCGAUGGUUCUGACAUCGUCUGCGGCCUCCAAAAAUUGUUCGUGGCACAACAUGAGGAUGCUUAUCUAUGUGAUGUACCCCAACUGGGAAAGUCAGGUAACUUUAGCUGUUGGUGAGGGUGAAGUGUUCCGAAAACCUCGUUUCCUGGCUUGAAGCUUACAGAAAUCCUUUUUGUGCGUUCCCCUUAUCAUCUUUGUCUCGACGGAAGCAGGUCUCACAUUUUGCUGAAAAAUUUUGUGUUUGAUGGAACCUUCAUCUUGAUCAAUUUUGGAUCUUGUUUGUUAGUGUAGAAUCUGUCAUUAAAUUUUGAAGGGAAAACGUCAGUGGAUAUAUUUGUUUCCCUUUCUAUUCAUGUAAGGAAAAUGUGGAGACAUGGGAGCAGUAAUUUGUGAUCAUUUAAUUUUCCUUUUCACUUCAAAUAGGUGAAUUAAAUAAUAAAUCAUGCUUUGAUAUUUAGCAGUAAUUUGUAAAUUUUAUAAGCCCACCCCAAGAUGAGUGCUCUCCUAUUCCGACUUCCCCAGAGCUUCCGGUAGCACAGCCGAGACAGCGACGGGCUGUCUGCCCCUGGGGGGAUGGAGCGACAGAAGUUUUGAGAAUUCAAGAGAAGGUCACGGCGAGACGAGCCGUUUAUCAUUACGAUAGGUGUCAAGUGGAAGUGCAGUGAUGUAUGCAGCUGAGGCAUCCUAACAGACCGGUAGACUUGAACCAUAAGAAUACAUCGUUAAAUUUUGUCAUUAAUUUUCGUCGUUUCCAUUUCCAAACCUCCUGGAUCAAAACUGACGUCAGAAUCUGAUAAAUUGCCAGAGUGGAUCGGAUGGAAGGAAAGGUCUGAUUCACUUGAACUGUCUCCGGCCUCUGCUGAUGCAUCGGAAAUGGCUACAUCUAUGCCAAUCCCAAACGGCGAGAUCUUGGAAUCUGAAGCCAAGUCAGAUGAUGUUAAACCAGAUUCAGCUGAAACCACCAACCCACAAUCUACAGAAGUCGAUGAGGGCCAGCCGAAGAAGGCUCUUCGAAGGGGUAAAUGUAUAUUCAUGUCAAGAAAGGGAGUUUUGGAGCGGUGAACCUAUCACACGACAUGUAUUGAUGGAGUUUCUAGCAAGACAUUUCCUUGUCUUGGUUGGAACUGAAGCUACUGAACUUGUACAUCAUUUAUUUUUUGUUUCCUGCAUUUUGGAUGUAUAGAAACUGUUUAGGCAAAACAGGAUUUGAUAGGAUCCUGUUAUCCAUAUUGUAGACUUGCAGUUAUAUACUUAGAUUCAUCUUGUUACAAAA